AUGAUACUCUUUGGAGAUUUCAAUAUGGCCGAAGUAGAUUCGGGCCUUUUCGACGAUGAUCUGGAGGAUGACGAUAGCGAAUUUGAAGACGCCGAAGAAAUUCCAGUCAUGAAUUCAAACGUUGAUUUUGAAGGAUUGAUAGAUAACGCUUGUCUCGCCGUGCAUUAUUUUUUCAAUAAUAAUUUCGAAGAUGCUAGAAAAAUACUGGAACCCUGGUCAAAAUCCAGCAUGUAUCACGCGCUCGGAUUAAGCGUUUUUGAAUUUUUGGAAGCGCUCAUGACGUUCGAACACAAACAAAUUCAAAAAGCUUCGGCUGCAUUGAAAACCUCUCUGGCAGUUUGCAACAGUUACAGGCACAAGGGAAACGCAUUGGGAAAAAUGGUUCGUCGUACGAAUUAUGAAAAUUUUUCACCGGAAGAAGCUCACGCCGAACUUUGCUUUGCCGAAUCCCUACUCCUGAAAGCCAUGCUUUCAUUCGUAGAAGAUGAAACAUUGGUGAGCUUUAUAAAAGCAAGUUUGAAAAUCCGUUCGUGUUAUAACACGUACAAAGAAUGUAACUUAAUAUUGAAAACUCACAAGUGGACGAAUAAAAAAUUGGCCGUUCAUUACGAAAGCGGAGUCAAAAUGGGAAUCGGAGCUUUUAAUUUAAUGAUCUCGUUAUUGCCUAGUCGUGCGAAAAAACUAUUGGAAUUCAUCGGGUUUUCGGGUAGUAGAAAAUUCGGUUUGUCCGAAUUGGAACAGGGAUGCAACCUUAAAAACGGGAUACGACAAAUAUUAUGCGUCAUGAUGAUACUGGCAUAUAAUUUAAUAGUCACGUACACUAUUAGUCACAGAGAGGGUGAUUUGAUGCUGUGCGAAAAAAUAUUAAAAGAAGAAUUAAUAAUGUAUCCGAAAGGCGCGUGGUUUUUAUUUUUCAAAGGACGUUUGGAAUUGAUGAAAGGGAAUUUAAAAGAAUCUCAAAGAUGGUACAAAGAAUCCUGGGGAUCACAAUCCGUAUGGCCGCAAUUUCAUCAUUUGUGUUUUUGGGAAUUGAUGUGGUCGUGCAGUUUGAAUCAAGAUUGGAAAGAAGCUUCGUUGUAUGCGGGUUACCUGUUGACGGAUUCAAAAUGGUCGAGAACCAUUUAUUCGUAUCAGAAAGCAUCGAUAUUGUUGAUGAUGGAGGAAAGCCUUUCGCGGGACGAAAGACAAGAGAUAAGUCAGUUGAUGAAAAACGCACCGAAUUACAAGCAGAGAAUCGCUGGAAAAUCGCUUCCACUUGAAAAAUUUGCCAUUAAGAGAACGGAAAGAUUUUUCGCACAGAAAAAAUGGCUUUGCCUCCCCGUCAUCGAACUCAUGUACAUCUGGAAUUUUUUUAAAGUUUUGGGUAAAAAAUUACAACUCGUGCAAAACGUUCACGUUUUAGUAGAGAGAGAAUUGAAAAAAUUAAACAAGGAUAUGGAAUAUUACGAUGAUAACAGAGCCUUGUUGGAAUUGUUACGCGGCGCGUGCCUUAGACACAUGAAAGCAAAUCUGCAGGCGGAAGAAGCUUUCAAAACGGUCGUUAAAUCUUAUAAAAAAUUAAAAGAAGAUACCUUUUUAACACCUUUUGCAAUCGUCGAAUUAGCUUUGUUGGAAUUGGAUAGGGGUAAUUAUGAAAAGGUUCAUCAAUAUUUGGAUGAUGCUAAAAAAAAUUAUACCGGAUAUUCGCUUGAAUCGAGACUCCAUUUUAAAAUCCAUGCAAUUAAUAAUGAUUUAAUGGAAAGGAAUAAACAAAAACAAGUUAAUUCAAGUUAA